AUGCAUGCGCUUCUGCCUAUUCUCCUUUCAGGGGCGGCCAUGGCCGCCACUAUAAACGCUCCCCUGAGAAAGCGCGCCGAGUGCGGGCCCGGAAUCGGGUCCUGUGAUCCGGGCCAGUGUUGCUCAGAAGCCGGCUGGUGUGGAACGACGGCAGAUUAUUGCGGCGGCUCGCAAUGCCAACUUGAUUACAGCGACUCUUGCUAUACCUUCUUCCCGCCACCUGGUGCUAGCACAGAGAGUAUCGCGCGGCCCCUCGUGGGCUCCGUGCCUUAUGGCUCAAUCAUCACCACUUGCGCCAACCCAGGAACCUUGGCAUUGACCUAUGAUGAUGGCCCUUACAUCUACACCUCCAACCUGCUCGACAUCCUGGAGGCCCAGAACAUCACCGCCACCUUCUUUGUCGCCGGCAACAACAUUGGCAAGAACCGGAUGGACAACCCCGAUACGCCUUGGCCGGCCGUAAUGCAAAGAAUGUACGCCGCCGGCCACCAUAUUGCAAGCCAUACAUGGACCCACCGCAACCUGAACGAGGUCAAUAGCACCAUCCAGAGAACUGAGAUCAUCUACAACGAAAUGGCAUUCCGAAACCUAUUCGGCUGGAUUCCCACUUACAUACGCCCGCCAUUCCUUGAAUGUGACGCCGGGUCAGGAUGUCAGAACCUGCUCAAGACGCUCGGCUACCACAUCAUCAACGUGAAUAUCGACACCAAGGACUACAUGUAUGAUUCGCCUGAAGAGAUCCAGACCGCCAAGGACCGCUUCUCCAAUGGUGUCUCAACAAAUGCGGCAGCAAACAAGUACAUCGAGCUGUCCCAUGAUGUGCACUAUCAGACCGUGGUCAACUUGACCCAGUUCAUGAUUGAUACUGCCAAGGCGCGUGGUUAUCGCCUUGUGACCGUAGGAGAGUGUCUCAAUGACCCCAGAGAAAACUGGUACCGGUCAGCGGGUGGCGCCAUUAGCUCCGGCGUCGCAGUCGGCACGACGAGGACGACGACAACAACCUCGGUGCCCACUUCCGCGGUCUCGACGCCUGUAUCAUCGCUACAGACCAGAGCUACGUCUAGCACAACAUCAACCAGCGUCGCAACUCGCACAUCGUCGUCAAGCGUCCCUGCUUCGACCAACGUAUCACCGGACCAGACCUGUGGUGGUACCACGGGUUACACGUGCCUCAACUCAGCGUUUGGCAACUGCUGCUCCUACUAUGGAUUCUGCGGCUCAAGCCUUACAUACUGCGGAACAGGCUGCCAAUCAGGCUUUGGAUCUUGCUCCCCCCAGUCAUCGGCUGUGGCCGAAUCUUCCAAUGGUCUCUGCGGAAGCCAAUGGAAUGCCACUUGCAAGAACUACGGCACGAAAACUUGCUGUUCUCAGUAUGGUUACUGUCUAUCGAGAGACGCCAAGGCUGUCGGCGCGGACGCACUGCUACCUGGCUACCAGCUACCACCUACCUUUACGAUCUCUACGGCCGAGAAGCUGGGAUACAGCUGGAGAGGGAUUGGAAUCAUUUGCAUUGCAGCAGAAGCGUUGGAAUACAGUUAG